AUGAGAGCAGGCUUUGAGAAGCCGGUGGAGAGGCGCCUCAGCGUUGGCCUGUCUGAGUUGGAGCUGCUAAAGCUGCGGGCUGCGGAGCUCAUUGACGAGGCGGCGGAGCGCCUGGGGGCUUUGAGCUGCGCCAUCUGGAGCGAGCCUGAGCUGGCCUACGAGGAGCAUCACGCUCACCAGGUGCUGACGAGUUUCUUGGAGCAGAAGUCGCCGGCCGCCUCCUGGUCUGUGCAGCCGCACUACCAGCUGCCCACUGCUUUCCGGGCCGAAUGGGAUCCGCCGGGGCUCCAGGCGGCGCCUGGCGCUUCGAGACACCUCCUGCACCUGGGCUUUCUCUGCGAGUACGACGCACUGCCCGGCAUCGGGCACGCCUGCGGCCACAACCUUAUCGCCGAGGUUGGCGUAGCUGCCGCGCUGGGCAUGAAGGGGGCUCUGGAGAGUCUCCCGGGGCCGCCUCCGCCCGUGAAGGUAAUUGUUCUGGGAACCCCUGCAGAAGAAGAUGGUGGUGGUAAAAUUGAUUUAAUUAAAGCAGGAGCUUUAAAAAAUCUUGAUGAUGUUUUUAUGGCUCAUCCAUCCCAAGAGAACGCUGCUUAUCUACCUGAUGUGGCUGAACAUGAUAUGACUGUUAGAUACUAUGGAAAAGCAUCCCAUGCAGCUGUUUAUCCCUGGGAAGGAGUAAAUCCUUUAGAUGCUGCUGUCCUCGCCUACAACAAUCUAUCUGUGUUAAGACAGCAAAUAAAACCAACCUGGAGAGUUCAUGGUAUAAUAAAAAAUGGUGGUAUAAAACCCAAUAUCAUUCCCUCUUAUUCUGAAUUAAUCUAUUAUUUCCGUGCACCCUCAAUGAAAGAACUUGCAGUUUUGACCAAAAAGGCCGAAGAUUGCUUCAAAGCUGCAGCUUUGGCUACAGGGUGCACUGUAGAAAUGGAAAGUGGAGCACAUGAUUAUUACAAUGUUCUUCCCAAUAAAAGCCUACGGAAAGCUUAUAUGGAAAAUGGGGAAAAGCUGGGAAUAGAAUUCAUUUCAGAAGAUACAAUGCUGAAUAUGCCAUCAGGAUCUACAGAUUUUGGAAAUGUUACUUUUGUGGUUCCUGGAAUUCAUCCAUAUUUUUACAUUGGCUCUGAUGCCCUCAAUCAUACUGAAAGAUAUACUGAAGCGGCAGGAGCCCAGGAAGCUCAGUUCUACACUUUACGCACAACCAAAGCUUUAGCCAUGACCGCACUAGAUGUAAUCUUUAAACCAGAAUUGCUAGAGAAUGUAAAAGAGGACUUCAGAUUGCAACUUCAAGAAGAGGAAUUUCGAGAUAUAAAGAAUUAA